ACCGUGAUCAUUGCAGUAGACGGCGCAUGCCGCAACAACGGCCGCCCAAACGCAGAGUCUGGUGUCGGCAUCUUCUUCCAUGAAGACAACUACCAGUGGAACGAGGUCGUGAAGCUCGAGACUGACAAUCACACAAGCCAGCGCGCAGAGCUUUACGCCGGUCUCUAUGCCUUGCGUGCCGCCAGGAGUCUCCGCAGAUUAAAUACCAGCAGGACUGGCAAGCAUCGUCGACCAGGCCCAAUGAGGUCGCUCAGACGUGUCGUCAUCAAGGCCGACUCGGAGUAUCUAGUCAAAGGCAUGACGGUAUGGAUCGAGAAGUGGCGGGCUAACGGCUUCAUCAAUGCCAGGGGCCUGCCGGUUGUCAAUGAAGACUUGUUCAGGGAGCUUGAUGAUCUGGUUCAGCAGCUGAAUGACAGGAGUGUAGAGGUGCAGUUCUGGCAGGUACCGAGAGCCCAGAAUGAGCCCGCUGACUGUCUGGCGAACGCAGCGCUGGAU